AGCCGUAGAUAACACACGUAUCCAAUUAUCGCAAGAUCGCGUCUCUGAUCCGGAAGAUCUGAAGAGGCUAUUUCGAUUUUCGAUUCCGGCACAGGUCUCACGAUUACUCGUAGCCACCGAGACCAUCACACCACAUUCGUACCUCUCAGCUAUGGUGAUGCAGUGGGGUCAAUUCGUAGAUCAUGAUCUCACUCACACGGCUACGGCUUUGUCCAGACAGAGCUACGCGUCCGGAGCUGUUUGUAAUAGAACGUGUGAGAAUCUCGAUCCUUGCUUCAAUAUACCGUUGUCUGCAAAUGAUCCGAAACUGCACACUGGAGUGCAUCAGAAGUAUCCGUGUAUUGAAUUCGAGCGCAGUGGUGCGGUAUGCGGAAGUGGAGAGACGUCGCUGAUCUUCCAACGUGUCACAUACAGAGACCAAAUGAACAU